UCUAGAUCUACACAAAGAGGUAGACGUAAAUCUAGAACUAUUGAAGACGAUGAUAAUAAACGUACAGAUAAUUUUUUAAAAAAAGUGAAAGAUAAAUGUGGUAACGACGUCAAAAUUGCUGAUAAAUAUCUCGAUAAAUCUACUAAUUGUCCUAAAAUUAAAUUUAGCAAAAGUGAUGGUACCGCUGGUGUGUCUAGUAAUGAUGAUAAUUAUGCUUUUAACGAUAAACCUCCAAAACCAUAUGAAAACAAAUGUGAAUGUGAACCUCCUAAUCCUUUAGAUAAAUGUCCUAGUGAUGAUAGUACAUAUAAGAAGGCGUGUACUACUUUUUCUAUUACCAAAACAUGGGAAAAAAAAACGUUUAAUGAUGAUCUGGAUAGUUGGACUUCUGUUGACCUUAAAAAAACCAUAUCUAACAAUAAAGGUGUAUUAGUUCCUCCUAGAAGAAGAAAAUUAUGCUUUAAGUAUAUAACCAGAAAGUUGGGUUCUACAAUAAAUAAAGAUAAUUUCAAAAAGAUACUUCUUGAUUAUGUCUUCACUGAAGGGAAAUUGUUAAGUGAAAAAUAUGGAUCAGAAUCUACAAAAGCAUUAGAGGCUAUGAAAUAUAGUUUUGCGGAUUAUGGAGAUAUAAUUAAAGGUACGGAUAUGAUGGAAGGAAUACUUGACAAAGAUAUAAAUGAAAAAUUAAAUAAAAUAUUUUCAAAUAAUGAUAGUACAUCUAAUUCCAAUGAUGAUAGAAAAAAAUGGUGGGAUAAUAAUAAAACACAUAUAUGGCACGCUAUGUUAUGCGGAUAUAAAUCAGAAAACAAAAGUAAAACCUUGGACAAUACAUGGUGUCCUGUACCUAAAGAAGAUGAUACUCCUCAAUUUUUGAGAUGGUUAGAAGAAUGGGCAACAAUAUUUUGUAAAGAAAAAUUAACUGAAGCAAAAAAUGUUGUAAAACAAUGUAUAGAAACAAAAAAAAUUAAUAGUGCAAAAUCUAUUAAUGAGAUUUCUGAUGAGGACUGUAAAAAAUUAUUAACCAAAUAUAAAGAUUGGUACGUUAAACGAAAACCUCAAUGGGAUGGAUUAAAAAAAGAAUAUGAAAAUUAUAUAAAAACAAAUAAUGGUUCUUCGGGAGCUGAAAAACUUCCAGAUGGUGCUAAUGAUUAUGUGAAAACAAAAUGUAAAGAAUGUGAUUGUAAUUAUAGUGAUUUGGAAAAAAUAUCUAAAUACCAAAGCCAAAAAGAAAAAUUAUUGAAGGAAUUAAUUUUAACAGCUAAAAUUGAUACUAUUGAUCCUAAGAAUACAAUAUUUUACCAUAUUUUAAAUAUUCCUGAAAAAGGUCUAGAUAUUGCAAAAAUAGUUUAUGAUGCUGCUGAAAGAAAUGGACCACCAAUUGCAGGAGCAGCUUCAGAAAUUGCACAAAAAGUUGGAACAG